GUAAAUAGUAUAUUUUGCAUUAAUAACUGUUGUCGAUCGAUUUUUCAGACUAUUUUGGAUUGUUGUUAUAGGCAUCUCAUGCUGGAACAUGACAGUAAUUUGCAUUUUAAUGUUGAAAAGAUACAUUUCCGAUUCCAUAAGUAUAAGCGUCGACACUUCAUUUCUACACUGGAAUAUUACAUUUCCAUCUGUAUCAAUUUGCUUAACGAAAAGUCGGUCUAAUGUGGAAAUAAUGCGCUUUCUGAAUCAAACUAAUAUUAAUUACAUAAAAAAUAUUCAUAAUUAUUUAUUCAUUACGCCGACUAACAUUAAUACUAAAGAAGAUUACUGCAAGGACUUUAACUCAACCUGCGGAGUAAAUAUUCAUAUCAUAAGGAAGCAAUUACUCACACAGUUCUGUGAAUACAUUAUGACAGAUCUAACAUUUUUGGAAGUUGAGCAGAAAAGCUGUAAGAAAAUAUUUAAAUUUCAUGAUCUUGAAAUGGGUUAUUGCUUUCUUGCUAAUAAUAUUAUGGAUUACCACAAUUUAGAAGAAUUGCCAUUAAGACUUAGCCCGUUCGAAGCGAGAAAAUCAAUAAAACUGUUUCUAAAACAAGAAGCCCUUUGGAAAUACGAGAUAUAUGUACAUAGCAAUGUGGAUAUACCAUACUUCGGGUUACUUUCACAAACUUUAGGGCAGGAUCAUAUAAGAUAUACUUACAAUAUGGAAGAAAUGAUAAACAGCGUUACAGUCAAUGAUCAAAGCUUUGAAAAAAGGAAAUGCAAGUUUCCUCACGAAACUAUUUAUGGAUCCUCUUAUCACUACAGUUUUUCAUCAUGCAUGUCUGAUCUCAGAAUUCUUUUGGAGUUAAAACAUUGCAAUUGCACAUUGUUCACAUCUCCGAUAAAAUUUUCCAAUUAUUUCUGCGAUUUUCGAGGAAUGGCAUGUAUAUCUAGAGAGGAUAUUACUUUUAAAGCAAAGCGGAUCGCUAGGGAAAAAUAUGUAUGUUUUCCGUCGUGUUCGGAGCAGAAGCUUCAGUUUGUUGGGUCUACUGAAAUCAAAAAUUUAGCUCGUCCAAACUUUGUACUAGUGGAUAUUGAAAUACAAAAUGUUCCUUCACUCCGCUGUGUAAGAAGUGUUACGCAGUCUUAUCAAGAUUUGGUUGUUUCGGCUGGAGGUGUCAUUGGACUUUUUAUUGGAUUUUCUUUACUGAGUGUGAUUGAUAUUAUAUAUCUUUGUUUAAAAAAACUCUAGAUACUUUUCUAUAUCCUAAAAAAUAAAGAUUCUUUGAAACGUUUUAUAAAUAUGAAAUUUCUAUGAAAUUAUCAAAUUAUAAAGCGUUGCAAAUGGAAUUUUUUAUGAAUUUAGGAGUUGAAGUAUACAAAUUACACACUACAUAACUGUUUGACCAAAUAUACUUGUUGACUAUAUUUCGUCUUUUCUUAGAAAGCUUGUAAAUAUAAGUAAGUGUAUAAAUUUGUAUUAAAAUAUGUUUCGAGUCGGAACAAUGACGCUAUUAGAUGUUAGAUUUAUAAUUAAUUUUUGUAGUAUGUAAACAUAUGUACGUACCCAUAAUACGUAAUUAAGUUGAAGUUUUCACGUGGUUGUUGAAUUUUUCAACUACGUGACCAAACAGAACUUUAAUAACGUAAAUAAUGAUUUAAAAAAAAACAUUAAAAAUUUUAGUCAUUUUAAAUUUCUUAGAAUUACGGUCAGUUUCACGAAACAAAUUUCAGUGAAACAUAAUUAACUUCAGUUUCACCAUUUGACUUA